CGCCCCACCUGUAACCGCAACCCACUAGAGGGGCCCGUCCCGCAGUUUGAGAGCCACUGAGUGAAGUCAACAUAGAAGAUCUCAGGCUCUUAUUUUGAAGCUGACCCGGAUGUUCCUCCAUUAGCAACAUGGCGGCCGCCGUCAGCAGCAACAUUGUCGUCUCGUUGUUGCGUUGCUAAAGUGUCAGUUAGCUCCUUCAGUCCUGAUCCAGCAGAGUUUCUGUAUGUCUGGAUAAACCUCUGAAUGGACUUCUAGAGGUUCACCUUUGUUUCUGGAUGUUGUUCCUCGGACUCAUCUCCCGGUAGCCUACAAAGAUAUUCAAGUUAGCUUAGCAUGCUAACAGACCGACGGGGACGGAAGUCAGCAACACAGCGCUAGUCCCAGUUUAAAGGAGAGCAAACGGGCUUUGUGACGGAGUUUGUGUGGAGGAAACGUUUCUGUCGUUGUGUGAAGAUGUCUAAAGUCCAAAUGCUGAGAUGUUUAGUCAACCAGCGACUAACUGCGGCUGCGCAAGAGAUAUUUGGGCUGUUUGAAAGAACCAUAGCAGAGUACGAGGAGGAACUUUGUAGUUCCAGAGAGGAGAACGAGCGACACCGGAAACGACUGGACGCCGUGUUCAACCCGGAAGUCCGGAAUCAAAGAGCAGACGUCCAGCAGCUGUUGGUGGUAAAAGAAGAGGUUCCCCCUGAGCAGCAGGUCUGGAGCUCCAGUCUGGACCAGGAGGAACCAGACCCCCCACACAUUAAAGAGGAACAGGAGGAACUCUGGACCAGUCAGGAGGGAGAGCAGCUUCAAAGUCUGGAGGAGGCUGGUAACAAGUUUUCAUUCACUACUGUCUCUGUGAAGAGUGAAGAUGAUGAUGACGAUGACGAAGAAGAGGAUGCUACGUUCUCACAGCUUUAUGGGAGACAAACUGGGGAGAACAGAGAGGCGGAGCAUUUGAAAACAGAAGUUGAUGGAGAGGACUUGAGGAGAUCAGAACCAGAGACUGAUGACAGUAGAGAUUGGGAGGAGACUCAGAAACCUCAGUCAGAUUUAAAUCAUCUGCAAAACAAUGACGUACCUGGAAGUGAAGUGAUGUGUAUCGGCUCGUCUUCAUGUGUUGGAAGCUUUGACCACAAGAGACAUCUAAAGAAACGAUCUAGAAUCCAAACAAUAGUGAAACCUUUUCACUGCUCGGUUUGUGGCAAAAGAUUUGUAUUCCAUAGUGCUCUUAAAAAACAUGUGAUUAUCCACACAGGGGAGAAACCAUUUAGUUGUUCAAUUUGUAGCAAAACAUUCUCGCGAGAGCAACAUCUGAAACGACACUUAACUGUCCACACCGGGGAGAAACCAUUUAGUUGUCUAGUGUGUAGUAAAACAUUUGCACAAAAGGGGGAUCUGACACGACACUUAACUGUCCACACAAGGCUGAAACCAUUUUGUUGUUCAAUUUGUGGUCAAACAUUUUCACGAAAAGGAAACCUGACAAAGCACAUGAAGCUCCAUGCAAGGCAGACGCAGCUUGGUUAUAAAUAAAAUUUUAAUAUGGA